UGGCUGGGAGGUGGAAUGAGUCAGGGUCUGUGAUGGUGCUGCUCGCACUGCCAUUUCAUCAGCAGCAGCAUUUAUUUCCUUUAGCUGCCUUCAAAAACACAAAACGAGAUAAGGAGAGGAGUGAAAACAAAACUAACCCUCAGAAUUUAGCCAUAGGCCUAUCACAUUUUAAAGUUGUGUGAUUUUAAACAACAGUGUAGACCCAUGCUAUCAAUCACAAAUAAUAGCAUUUUGGGGAGUAAAGCGUGCUGGGGAUUUUUCUAGGUAGUCAUUAAUAGACCGUUAUAAAGACAUCGCAACGAAUACCGGUUGGUAUAUAUCCGCUGGGGAAUUGUAAACUGCUGUUCAUGCGUUGCUGUGAGACGUUCUUUUGGCGUUUGUUCUACGAUAGAGAAGGCGAGCUUCUCAAUGCAAUGGAACCUGCAGCAAUCGAGUUCUGAGCGGCGCAACCAAACCACACCACGACUCCCCCAACAGAAGCUAGACAGCAGUCACCAUGGAGGCGAUAUGGCUGUACCAGUUCCGACUCAUCGUCAUUGGGGACUCGACCGUGGGGAAAUCGUGCCUGAUCCGGCGGUUCACGGAGGGAAGGUUCACCCAGGUGAGUGACCCGACGGUCGGCGUGGAUUUCUUCUCUCGCCUGGUGGAGAUCGAGCCGGGGAAACGCAUCAAGCUACAGAUCUGGGAUACCGCGGGACAGGAGCGCUUCAGGUCCAUCACCAGAGCCUACUAUCGUAACUCGGUGGGCGGGCUCCUCCUGUUUGACAUCACAAACCGUCGCUCCUUCCAGAACGUUCAUGAUUGGCUAGAGGAGGCCCGGAGCCACGUCCAACCACACAGCAUUGUGUUCCUAUUGGUCGGCCACAAGUGUGACCUGGAGCCCCAGCGCCAGGUAACUCGUCAGGAGGCUGAGAAACUCGCCGGCGCCUACGGGAUGCGUUACGUAGAAACUUCGGCCCGCGACGCCAUAAAUGUGGAGCACGCCUUCACAGAGCUGACCAGGGACAUCUUUCAGCUGGUGAGGAGUGGUGACAUCACUAUCCAGGAGGGCUGGGAGGGGGUGAAGAGCGGCUUCGUCCCCAACAUGGUCCACUCCUCCGAGGAGGUCACCAAGAGCGACCGACGCUGCCUCUGCUGAUCUGUAGGGAUCUUCUAGAUCCAACUAGAUCCCUGACUCGAGUCUGGUUUCCCUUAGGUCCUCCUGAACUUGCACCCAGAUCCAUUUCAGCUCUCUAGUUUAGCCAUUUGCCUCUGCUGAUCUGCAUCUGGAUGGAGGGUUCCUACCCACAACUAGAUCCCUGCCUGGUUUCACUUAGGUCCUCCUUGGUCCUCAAAGGUGUCCACUUUCCAGAGUGAUCUGCUAUCUGGAUGGAUGAUGGAUCCAUCCCUGCAAAUACCUGGUUAAUAACUGGUUUCCCUUUAGGUCAGGGAUGGGCAACUUUGAUGGGGGUGGGGGUCACAAAAAAUCUGAACUCAUCAUGAGGGGCCGCAGUGGCUCGCGGGUCUGUGUACCCACAUCCAUACCCACACCUGCCUCUGAUUUGUACAAUCAAUCUAUUUGUGCAGUUAAACUACUUAACUCUCUUAACAAAAUGCAUUAUACCAGUAGCUAGGGCCGUCCCUAGCCUUUUGGGGGCGUUAAGCGAGAUUUGGUUGGCAUCCCCCCCAGCUCGCUGGUUUAAAAAAAAUUACUGGCCCCCGUCUAGACGGCGGAGAGAAUUUUUAUUUUUUAAAAAGUUAAUUUCACCAUUUUGCCAUGGGGCGGAGGGGAAAAGUGUGCAAUUUUAUAAAAAAUGUCAAGCAAUUCUACUCAUUUUGCCAUGUGGCAAAGAGAAGAAUUAGCAGUUUUACAGCAAGUUUCCUGCAAUUCUAUCAGUUUUGCCAUGAAGUGGAGAUACAUUUUAAAAACACAUUUCCUGCAAUUCUAUACAUUCUGCCAUGACUUAUGCCAUGUUAAUAUGAUAUAUGAGUGAGAGUGACUAACAAAAUCAAUUGGGCCCCCCUGGAGGUCAAGGCCCCUGGGCAUAUGCCCUGCAUGCCCGGUCGGUAUUCGGCCAUGAUUACUACAAGUAAAACAUUUAAUAAAAUAAUUGUUAGCUGA